GUAGAAUAAGUAUCAUCCAGAAGAACCAGACCAGGAGGAAUAUUUAAGAGGUAGCUACAGGUUUAAUAUGGAUCGCUGAAAGCACCUCUUUCUCCCAUGAUCUGCAUGGUCAGGGGGCCUUGGCUUCUCUGACUGUCUUCUAGGACAGAGUUACAGAAUUCACCCUGGGAACUGCUACUAACUGAGAAUCUGGAAAUGGCAAAAACUUAUGUGAAAUCCAAGGAGAUAGUAGAGCUGGUCAACACUCAGACCUUCAUGGACAAAGGUCUGUGCUCUCAAAAUGAGAUGAAGGGAGAGGAGAGAAGACCUGGUGCUUAUGGGAUGCUUGGAAGCUUGACUGAAGAGCAUGAAAGUAUUGAAGAGGAAGAGGAGGAAGAAGAUGGAGAAAAACCUAAGAGAAGAGGUCCCAAGAAAAAGAAGAUGACCAAAGCUCGCCUUGAGAGAUUCAGGGCUCGAAGAGUCAAGGCCAAUGCUAGAGAACGGACCCGGAUGCAUGGCCUGAAUGAUGCCCUGGACAACCUCAGGAGAGUCAUGCCAUGUUACUCUAAAACCCAAAAGCUUUCCAAGAUAGAGACUCUUAGACUGGCUAGGAACUACAUUUGGGCUUUGUCUGAAGUCCUAGAGACUGGCCAGACACCUGAGGGGAAAGGUUUUGUGGAGAUGCUCUGUAAAGGGCUCUCACAGCCUACAAGCAACCUGGUGGCUGGAUGCCUCCAGCUGGGCCCACAGUCUAUCCUCCUGGAGAAGCAUGAGGAGAAAUCUCAGAUUUGUGACUCUACCAUCUCUGUCCACAACUUCAAUUACCAGUCUGCAGGGCUCCCUAGCCCUCCUUAUGGCCAUAUGGAAACACAUAUUUUUCAUCUCAAGCCUCAAGUAUUCAAGAGUUUGGGAGAGUCAUCAUUUGGGAGCCACCCCCCUGACUGCAGUACGCCCCCUUAUGAGGGGCCACUCACUCCACCUCUGAGCAUCAGUGGGAACUUCUCCCUGAAACAAGAUGGGUCUCCUGACCUGGAAAAGUCCUACAGUUUCAUGUCACAUUACCACUCUGCAAGUCUAAGCUCAGGGCAGGUGCAUUCAACUUCCUUUCAGGCUAGCACUCCCCGCUAUGAUAUUCCCAUAGACAUGUCUUAUGAUUCCUAUCCUCAUCAUGGUAUUGGGACCCAACUCAAUACGAUCUUCACUGAUUAAGGUAAUAACAUCUGCAUUUCAGAGAAUGAUAUGGAGACAUUUCCCAUAAUUCAAGUGAUUGAGCUGAAGAUUCAAAGACUUUAAACAGAUGCUAUGGAUAUAUAGCAAACAAUAAUCUGAGUCCAUUUAGGACCUCCAAUAGCUGUCCUCCUCUUUUGUCAUCAAUUUCUCACAUUGUAUUGACUCAAGUGAAAUUAUUUGAUGACUUACAACUAUGUGGUAACAGAAGACCUAGGCCCUAUUACAGUGGUGCCAUUGAAUAAUCUAUGCCAACUAAUUUUCCAUUUACUGGUGAUAGAAGCAGUUGUUCUAAGUUUAGAUAAUAUUUACAGACUUUUUGGUUCUGGAAUUAUAUAACAUUGGUGAAAACACAUAAAUUUCUUAAAACUGACAAAAAUAAAGCAAUGCUAGGGAAUAAACAGUAUGCAUGAAAUGAUCAAAUGGAGUUACUGAAGGGGGCAAGUCUGUUGGCAGAGAGAAUGCAAAGUUUGUUUGAACUUGGUGACAAGACUUUGUAUCUAUCUAAAAAUAGCUUCUAGAAGCUAACAGUCUAACUUGGCUGUCAUGUGAAUAGAUUAGUUCUAUUUCUCAUUGGAUUAGAAAUUGAAAAUAUCUUUCUUAGUAAUUUGAAAACCACAAGAGAACAUCAUGACUAGUCUUAUAAUAUUUCAAGAGCACUUUUCUUAGUACUAAAAGUAGAGCAACAAAAUCAUUGAAGUAUCAGCCUUCUAUGACCAGUGGAACAUGGAGAAGUCAUUUUGAUCACUUCAUGGCCUCCAUAACCAGAAGGGGCUGGAAAUUCUAACAAUGCUCAGGUGCUGCUAUUGGAAUCAGCACACAACCCAGGUUUACAUUAUAUAGCAAUAAAAAUGGUAGUUGGCUCCACUAACUACCAGUUCAGGGACUCUUUCUAGCUUAUUCUUAUAGGAAAAGCACUAGCAAGGUGAAUUUUAUUUGGCUAAAGUAAAAAUUAUUAAAACCACUGACCUCUGUUCACACCAUAUCAUAUUUUUCAGAAGCACAGCACUAGUAAAUUUAUUGAUCAAGCUUGAAUUUUUCUAACAUAUAUGCAAUUGCUUAUCUCUCUCACCAUUAAUUGUUACCUCUUCCUCACUUCUUUUUUUUUUUUUUUGGUACCGGGGAUCAAACUCGGGUCCUUGCGCUUGCUUAGCAGGCAGCAAAACCACUGAGCUAAAUCCCCGGUCCUUUAUUAUUUUAUUUUAUUUUAUUUUUUUGGUACCGGGGAUCGAACUCUGGUCCUUGCACUUGCACAGCAGGCAGCGAAACCACUGAGCUAAAUCCCCAGCCCCCUCACUUCUAAGAUACAAUAUGGUAUUACACUCUGUAUAUAACGUUUCAAGCAGUGAAACUCGGGGAUUCAGAAAGAAAGUCCAAGGUCAGUGAAUGCUUUUACCAGAUUUUAUCUUCAUCAUAAAUUUAGUCCAAUCCACUGGAAGUGCACUGUUCCUUACGUAACUUCUCUUUCCUUUAUAUUAACACUAACUUUGUUGAGUUUAUUUUUCACUCAGGAAAUAAAAUCUGAGAAAUUUCAGUACUGCUCAAUCUGCCAGAACAAUUAACUUAUGUUCGAACCAAGAACAUCAUAAAUGACUUAUUUAAUAGUAGAUCGGGUCCUGCUCCUGCCAGAGAGAGUACAAUUAGUAAUACAGAUACACUGAUAGGUCCAAUGAACAAAACUGAUAAGACAGAUUAGUAUGUCAUUUCUACAGUUUAGUUACCUCCUAACAUCUGCCAGACUGUAUGUGUAUCUUAUUUUAAAACUCCUCUUAUUUAUUUCUUUGUAGUAUAAGUUAUGUUGUUUCCCUUUCUUUGUAGCACUUAUUCUGCCGUAUUUUGCACCCUUGGUUUGCAAGCCCAUUUGAAAGUAAUUUUGUAGAGAGAUUUUAACCUCCAUCAGCCACCAAAGUGACUCCCCUCAUCAUGAUCUGCCCUAGUACAAAUAGGCAAGUAAGAUGAUUUAUAAAGCCAUCCUAUCUGCUGUCUCAACAUAUGCUGGUGCUCACCUGCAUGGAGGGAUAUGGGAGACUUUAUCUUUAAAGCUAGUAUUUUCUGGCAUUAGUAGAUAAUACAUGUUGUCUGAGUUAUUUAUUAGAUAUUAUUUAUUUUAUUUAUUUCCCACUUCCUUUUAUGCAACUUCUUUGGGGCACAUAGACAUGCUAUAGACAACUCCACCCUCCCACAAAGCUUCAUUUGGAAAGAAGCUCAUAAUUUUGCUAGGAAGUACUGAGUUUUGGAGUGAGAGGAAUAUAAGUAAUUUGGUUCAUAAUUGCUUGUUAUUAUUUGGAUGGCUAUUCAACUAAAGUUUUUAGAUUUUUUUUCCCCUUCACUCUAAGAUGAGCCAGAGGGGUUUUUUGGAACAUGUUGUUUAUGUCUUCGGAGAGUAUAGUACCCAUGAACCAGACCUUCCUGGAAUUGUGCAGAGGGAUUUUUAAAUUGAAUUCAAAAUGCAGUAUGCCUGGAAUGGUCCUACUCUUCAAACCAGAGCAGUUUCAUCCUUUUGUGGACUUUUUCAGAUAAAACAAAGCAAUUGUUUAAAUCUUUUGUUUAAAAGUACGACUGUUUUUCCUCCCUUUUUUUCUAGCAGAAAUAAAGCUGUGAGUCUUACCA